AGACUCAGAUUGGGUAAGACAUUUGGAGUGUUCUUCAGGUCCCUCCAUUAUGAUCUCUUGGCCAACCAUCUACCAUGUUCUUGAAGAAACAGUUCCCUUGUAUGUAGCUAUGAUAGUGGCCUACCUAUCCAUACAAUGGUGGAAGCUAUUCACCCCAGAGCAGUGCUCUGGUAUCAACAAGUUUGUGGCAAAGUUUUCCAUUCCUUUACUCUCUUUCCAGAUCCUCUCUACAAACAAUCCUUACAACAUGAACCUAAAGCUCAUAUUCUCAGACAUCCUACAGAAAUCGCUCUCCUUACUGGGGUUUGCAGUUAUCUCUAAAGCAUGUUGCAAGGAGAAGUUUGAUUGGCUGAUUACAGGGUUUUCUUUAUCAACACUGCCAAAUACCUUGAUUGUUGGAAUCCCAUUGCUGAAAGGAAUGUAUGGGGAUGAAGCUGUGAAGCUGCUAAGUCAGAUAGUUGCCUUACAAAGCCUAAUUUGGUACACACUUCUGCUGUUUCUGUUUGAGUUUCGGGCUGCUAGAGGAAUGGCUAUCACAACAUCAUCUGAAACUACAAAUGAAGCAGAAUCAGGGACUACAGGACCUAUGCAGCAAAGACACGAAGAGGGACAAGAAAAAAGAGUAUCGGCAAGAUGUUAUGGUGCUUUUCAGUUUUUACUGGUGGUCGGUAAGAAGCUAGUGACAAAUCCCAACAUGUAUGCAAGCCUAAUCGGCCUAAUCUGGGCACUGAUCAGCUUCAGGUGGCGAAUACAGUUACCAUCAAUUGUUAACAAUUCCAUAAGAAUACUUUCAGAUGGAGGGCUAGGGAUGGCAAUGUUCAGCUUAGGACUUUUCACUGCCCUACAAACUAAAAUUGUGGCCUGUGGGACCAAAAAAAUGCUACUAUCACUAGGCAUCAGAUUCUUCCUAGGACCAGCCUUGAUGGUGGUCUCUUCCUAUGCAAUCGGGAUGCGUGGAACUUUGCUGAAGGUGGCCAUAAUACAGGCAGCUCUACCUCAAGGAAUAGUGCCAUUUGUGUUUGCCAAAGAGUACAAUGUGCAUGCAGAUAUUCUGAGCACUGCGAUAAUUCUCGGAAUGAUAGUUGCGGUUCCGGUGGCCCUGGGUUACUACUUUGUCAUGGAUCAUCCCAGACUCUAACCACCCCGCAUUUGCAGAAAGGAUUAGAAAUUCAAAUAUUUUCAUAUCGCUGACGUGCUUGUGAUAUAUUUGUGUGGAUGCUGUAUAGAUCCGUGUUAGUUUACCCAAGCUAAUGAUAAAAACCAGCUGCUUGGAUCCGUGAA